CUGUCUGUCUGGGUCACAUCUUCAUCACAUUCGGACAUAUAUCAUCACUGUUUUCCAUCUCUCCUGCCACUGUCAUCGCCUGUUUUUCGAUCCAGGAUAAUUAUCUGCCUUUUUACCGUUGCGUGGGUCCACUAUCUGUGUUUCAGCAGCAGAAAUGGACAACAGCUCGACGACUUGUCCAUUUGACACACAGGGCUACAGUUCAACAUUUAAGCGGAAACGGACAGUGGAAGAUUUCAACAAGUUCUGCACUUUUGUGCUCGCAUAUGCCGGUUAUAUUCCUUAUCCACAGGAGGAGGCGCACUUGAGGAACAGCUCUAGUCCUCCCAACAGCACCGGCAGCACUGCAGACAGUGACGGAUGGGAGAACCAGAGGCUGGGCUGCGGCCUCUCGUCUCCGGAUGAGCCCCCACCCAAAAACCGCAAGAGCUUUGCUGGAUACAAGAGACCCGCGAGCGAGGAUUCCGAGCCUCAGAAGCGUCUGAAAUCAGCAGGUCUUCUUCUGGAGGGUCGAACAAAGGCCGAUAAAGUGAAAAAGAAGAAGAAGCUGAGGAAAAGCAAGGAUGAGGAAUUGAGAUCUUUCGCCCCAUUUUCUCCCCCCAGUGCUGAAGGUGAGAUUUCUAAUUAUGGAUGUACCAUCAAAGAAGAACCGGAAGAUUACCUCAGCAUCCCUGUACCCACUGACGGCAUGGGUAGCAACCAGCCUAUGUGCACUGGCACAAGUUCAAAACCUGCCUUGAGUUCACCGGCUACUGCAACGUGCAAAGAGGAGCCUGAUGUUGGCCGUCCUUGCUGGAACGGUUCUAAAAGUUCUAGUACAAAGUCAGAGGAUGUCGAGAAACCUUUAAAACCUGAAGAAGAGGCAGUAGUCUUGAAGGUCGAAGGUUUUUCUGGUAAAAGGACUGUGGUCCGUCAGGGGAAACAGGUGGUGUUUAGAGAUGAGGACGGAUCGGGGGAUGAUGAGGACAUCAUGGUGGAUUCAGGGCUGUUUGUGUGCAAGAAGAAGAACUGCUAA